GCCGCGCUGCCCGCCGUGACCGCGGCGGGACCGCCCCGAGCGCCUGCGGAGCGCGGCCGCGGGGACAGGGGCGGAGCGGAGCCCGGGGGCGCGGAUCGGGCACCACGGCGAGGAGGCAGAAGAGGAGGCAGAAGAGGAGGAAGAGGAGAAGGAGGAAGAGGAGAGCGCGGCGCGCCGGGCACAGCUGCGCGCUCCCCGCGUCCCCAGGUGAGCCGCGCUGCCUGGGGGUGCGCGGGGGACGCCCGUGUUCCUGUAGGCGUGGGCGUGGGCAGGGACAAGGGACGGGGGAGCCUGUCCCGCCCCGCCCCGGCCGUGAACUUCCCCGCACGCGAAGGGAAAGUUUGUGCCGGAGGAGGCGGGCUGCAGCCGCGGCGGGGGGAGCCGGGCGGCGGCGAGCAGCCGGCAGCGGCCCCCGCUCCUCGGCUGGCACGGGCGGAUCGCGAGGGAAGAGGAGGAAAGAGGAGGAAGCGCUCGGCAGAGCCCGGGGAGCAGCGCCCGGCGGCCACGAAGGAGGAGGACAGGAUGAAGAUGGUCAGUGUCCUGCUGGUUUCACUCUGGCUGUCCAUGGUCACCCUUGGCAGAGCCUCAGAGCGCUGCGAUGACUGGGGUGUGGACACCAUGAAGCAGAUCCAGAUUUACGAUGGGGAACCUGCCAAGAUCAAAUGCCCACUUUUUGAGACCUUCUUGAAGUACAACUAUAGCACAGCCCAUUCUGCUGGCUUAACCCUGAUCUGGUACAGGAUCGCGCAGGACCGGGAUCUGGAGGAGCCCAUUAAUUAUCGCCUGCCUGACAAUCACAUCAGUAAGGAUAAAGACACCCUUUGGUUCUGGCCUGCUCUUCUCAAUGACACUGGGAAUUACACCUGCAUGCUCAGGAACACAACCUACUGCAGCAAAGUUGCUUUUCCCUUGGAAGUUGUUCCAAAAGACCAGCACUCUUGUGUGAGCCAUUCCAUAAAACCCACUGAGGAGAUGUUCUACUUGGAGCAUGCCAAUCAGAAGAUCACGUGUCCAGAUAUUGAUGGGUUUUAUCCUGCCAGUGUGACACCAACUGUCAAGUGGUACCUGAACUGCAACUCGGUGGAUGGCUUCUAUGAGCGAUACCCCCAGGGGCCCAGGCUUGUCAUUGGCAUUGUCCGCAGUGCCUAUAAAGGGAAUUACACUUGCAUUGUGACAUUCAAGGACCACGGAAGAACCUAUAAUCUCACCAGAACCAUAAAGAUGAAGGUGGUGGGAUCUCCAAACAAGGCCUUGCCACCACAGUUCACCUCUCCAAAUGAGAAAGUUGUGUACGAGCUGGAAGCAGGUGAUGACCUUGUCCUGCCCUGUGAGGUUUUCUUCACAUUCCUGAAGGACUCCCGGACUGAGGUGUGGUGGACCAUAGAUGGGAGAAACACAGAUGACAUCACAGAUCCCAAGAUAAAAGUCACACAAAGUGAAAUUACCAGAGAUUUUGAAGACAAAACUCUGGUAAGGACUCUGACAGUUGCAAAGGCCACGGCGGAGGAGCUGAGGCGGAAUUACACGUGCCACGCCAGGAACGCCAAAGGCGAGGAGCGCAGCCAGGCCGUGGUGCGCGUGAAAGUUGUAGCACCCAAGUACACUGUGGAGCUGGCCUGUGGCCUGGGGGCCACCAUCCUUCUCGUCGUGGUGCUCAUAGUCAUCUAUCAUGUGUAUUGGCUUGAAAUGGUCCUCUUCUAUCGGGCUCAUUUUGGAACAGAUGAAACCAUUCUAGACGGGAAGGAGUACGAUGUGUAUGUGUCCUACGCGCGCAACGCGGAGGAGGAGGAGUUUGUGCUGCUGACGCUGCGGGGAGUCCUGGAGAACGAGUUCGGGUACAAGCUGUGUAUCUUCGACAGAGACAGCCUCCCUGGGGGAAUUGUCACAGACGAAACCCUGAGCUUCAUCCAGAAAAGUCGACGUCUGCUUGUUGUCCUGAGCCCCAACUACGUCUUGCAGGGGACACAGGCCCUGCUGGAGCUCAAGGCUGGCCUAGAGAAUAUGGCCUCCAAGGGCAACAUCAAGGUCAUUCUAGUGCAGUACAAAGCCAUCAAGAAGAGCAAAGUGAAGGAGCUGAAGCAGGCCAAAGCAGCCUUGAAUGUCAUUAAAUGGAAAGGCGAGAAAUCCAAGUUCCCAAAGGGCAGGUUCUGGAAGCAGCUGCAGGUGGAGAUGCCAGUGAAAAAAAUUAGCAGGAGUUUAAGCCUUGAUGGAUUGAUGCAUAUCCCUGAAAAAUGUUUGACGCAAUCAGAAAACAAAUCAAAACACACCUCAAAAAUCCACAAGUUAGGCCAGGGAGUGGGGAGGAACUCAGGUUUUUUCCCAUGAAGGACCAUGUCCCGAGCAUUUCAGAGGAUAGUUGAGUUUUCCCUGCAGCUUUGAUAUUGCUCUGUCAUUAGAGAGACCGAAGAUGCAAACACCUGCUUUCUGCAAAUGUAUGUCCUUGCUAUCAAUCACACAAGCCCUGGGCUUAAGGUCUAAAUUUGCUAUCUAGGAGGGAUGCAUCCAGCACCUUGUGAUAGCAUGGCCAGUACUCCUAGAUCCUGUUCCUAUGGGACCUUCAUUAGCAUCCAGGACAGAGCUUCCUUCCAGUCCUAAGUAACUUCACUCCUUUCUGGUCCUCAGUCCCUGUUGCAGAGGCUGAGGAACAAUUUGCAAGGUGGCUCCAGUGUAGAGCCUUUCCUGCAUGUCCCAGGUCUGUAGUCCCCAUCACUUGUGGGAUCACAGACUCCUACUGCACUGUGGGGGUGUGGACUUUUGAAGCCCCUCAUCUUAAUUCCCCAAAUUUCCUUUGAAGUAGAUGCACCCAGGUAGUUUCCAGUGGGAAAUAGAUGUUACAGUAGCAUUAAAAAAACCCCACAACUCUACUGGGUGCUAUUUGUAUUGUAGCACAUCUAGUAACAAGUAGUCAGUCUCUGGGACUCUGUAGUCUCAAAAGUGCCCCAGGUCCUUCAGAGCUGCUUGUAAUCCAGGGAAAUCUCUCAUGAGUACAGGCUGUGGAGCGUGUGAGAGAUGUUUAUGUGUAGAGUAAACUCAGGGACUUCACAAGCACUACAAGGAGCCCCAAUGUACUACUGAACCUGCCUACCCUCUCUGCCACUGGCUGGGGGAAAGCAUCGUGCAAGGUGCUUCCAAGUUCUUUGGAAUGACAUGGAUAUAAGUCCAACUCAGAAGGACACCCCAGAAACUUACUUGAACUUCCUAAAACUACUAGUUCUGUCCAUGUAGGUAAGACUGUGAGGACAGGCUGAGAAAGCUGGGGAUGUUCUCCCUGGAGAAGGCUCCUGGGAGACCUUUUUGUGGCCUUUCAGUGCUUAAAGGGAGCUUAUAAGAAAAGUGGGGACAGACUUUUUAGUAGGGCCUUUUGCAAUUACCCCUUUAUGGACAAGGGGUAAUGGUUUUAAACUAAAAGAGAGUAGAUUCAGACUACAUUUAAGGAGGACAUCUUUUACAAUGAGGGGGGAUAGAACACUGGCACAAGUUGCCAAGGGAGGUGGAUACCCCAUCCCUGGAACCAUUCAAGGCCAGGUUGGACAAAGUUGUCAGCAGUCUGAUCCAGUUGAAUAUGUCCCUGCUUAUUGCAGGGAGGGUGGUCUUUGAAGGUUCUUCCCAACCCAAAUUAUUCUAUGGUUUUAUAAAGACUCUCUCUUCAAUGCCUGGUUUUGCCAUUUCUAAUUCAAGGUUUAGGUUUAAACCAGCUUUGGCUUUACAAAGUCUCUCCCCAUCUUGAUUCCAGCCUAAAGCUGCAGAACAGAGAGUGUAUCUCAGCUUCUGCAACAUUUGCACAAAACAGAAGCACAAAAACCCACUGUGUAGGUGUCCUUGCUUCAGCAGGAGAGGGCAUGGUGAGUUAACCCCCAUCACACAGCUCAUGCUGAGGAGGGGAGUUUAAUCUCUCUUGUAGGACAAACUAAAGCACAGUAGGGCCCUGGCAUACACUGGUGCUAUGGUUAACAAUGUUUUCAAAUAAAACUUCAGGUUCUGGGUGGUGUCUCCAUACUCCUGCAGCUCUUAGUGCAAGGACCUGCCCACUUAAUUGUGGAGUUCAGUAUUACACACACCAAGUGCAUGCUUAUUUUUAUUGGUGAUGGUUGUUCCUGAGUCACCUUUGACUCAUGCAUUUGUUCUGUUGGUGUCCAGUGGGUGGGGCAUAAGCAUUCACUAUGGCAUUAUAAAAGCACUACAAUUAGGAGUCUAUGCACUAUUUACCCAGCUGAGCUGGGAGCUUUGAGGGCAUCCCAGUAAAAAGCCCAGCCUUAAAGGUGUGGGACUGGUAUCAGGAAAACCUUUUGCCCUUAGCAUUUUAUGAUUAAUAAUGUUAUUCCAGGGCUGCAGGGAGCUACUAAGCCCCAUGCCCUUAGUCAGGUACUGUGUGUCGUGUUUAGGAAAGGUACUCCACAAUUCAGGGAAACUGAUGUGCCCCUCAUUUUCCCCUUCUCCCUCCUUCUGCAGAGGGAGGAGAGGAGAAUUGAAGGCACAAAAGGUAAAGAUCCUGCUUUGAGAUAAGAAAAAUUUACUGGAAACAGCAAUGAGAUAAGAAAAUGAACAUUAACUACAACAAUACUGGUGAUAGAGGGUACAAGAAAUUAAUCAUUCCCAUGGAAAAACCCCCUGACAAUUGACCAUAUCCAACCAUUCCUUCUGCUGCCCUGCACUGGCCCAGCUGCGCUGUGCUGGGACCCUUUCUCCCAAAAGAGAUCCCCUUCCCUCCACCCCUUGCAAAUGCAAGGUGGUAUAGAAUAACUUCAGUGUCCUGGACAUGCCCCCUCCUGACUAGUGCAGAAACUAACCCUGUCCUGGCCGGAACCAGGACACUGUACAGAUGUGUAACAAAUAGAGCUUCUUUCUUACUGUCCUUUUCAUCUUUCCCACCCCAAGUAAGCUUUGAUUUAAGCAGGUAAAAUUGCAGUCAGCUUCACUGGAGGCAGUGGAGCUCCUCAUCUGCUCAGAGGUGCUUAAAAGUUUUGUUAUGAGCUUUUCUGCUGUGGUUGUCUGUGGAGGGACAGAGCUGCUUCCCACACUCCAGAAAACUUCAUUUAUAAGAGAUAGCAUCCAAACCCAUGCUUGGCUUUGUGAACCCAUUGCAACCCUGUCAUUGUGCCCAGCUUCACCUUUUUGUUUGUGUUUUAAGCAUCUCUGUGAUCAGCUGCCAGAUCUGCAAGCAGAGGGAAGGCCCUGAAGCCAAAGCAGAGCUCUGUUAGGUUCUCGUAUGAUUUUUAAAAGAUUGACUCCCAAAUGCUCAUAAAUUGAAUCUCAGACCUCACUACAUCACAUCUCACUUUUGCCUGAGUUAACAAGAGAUUUUAUGCUGAUGUUUUAGUAAGUCUGAUUAUUUUAGGAAUUUAAAUCCAUCUCAUGUAUUUUGCCGAUUUUAUUAGAAGAGUUUUCCAGAUAAUGAAUAGGCCUGGACUUUCUCAGGCAUACACUGCAGUGGCCUUUGGUGUCAUUGACUAGUUGAGGUGUUAGAACAUGGGUUGGAGUCGAUGAUCUUACAGGUCUCUUCCAACCUAGAAAUUCUGUGAUUCUGUGAUUGCAACCCCAGAACAGGGUUACUGAGGGACACCAGCAGAGCAGCCACAAGGUGAAGGUUUGGAAGGGACCUGAGAGGUCAGAGGGAGCAGUGUGGAAGGAACAGUCCAGAAGCAGGUUCCACUCACCCAGGAGCUUUACCACUGGCUUUGCUGGGGUAUUUCAGGCCAAGGGUAAAGCCCAGUCCCAACUGUAAAGUAGAUCUGCAAGUGCCUCAGAUAUGCCUGUCAUGUCAUUCUGUGCCACGUGUGGUUUCCAUUGUGGGAUUCUAUCACAGCAUCCAUCUGAAUCAGUUGAUUCAUUUGAGUUUCUGUGCUCUAACCUAACAUUUAUCAAUAUGCAGCUCAUGCAAAGUUCCUAAUUGUUUUUUCAUUGGGAAACAGCGUGGCACAAAUUGGAAAAAAUAUCUUCCCUUCCCGUGUUGUUUGAUGUUGUACAGCUGUUCCAGAGUUUUCCCUUUUCUGUAUGUUUUUGCCUUUGUGUGAUUUGGUUUGUGAAGUGUCAGUAUUAUUUUUAUUUUGCUUUUCAAUAAAACAUUUUCAUUUUUGCAUUUCAGUCCUUGUGCAUUUCUCAUAAGUACCAUCUUCUCAUUUCGUCUGCAAAAUGCUGUUAAAGAAAGAUGAUGUGUGUGUAGUCCAAGAAUCAAGAUCAUUUGGGGCUCCUCCCUGGAAUGGAACACUUUCCUGGCUGUUUCAUGCUGUGCCUGCAGAGACACCUGGGCUCCCAGGACCAUCCAAGCAGAAACACAGUGACACACAGCAUUCAGAUGUCUCACAGCAGUGGACACGCACACACAGAAAGUCUUUGAUCUAAAGAGUGCUCACUUGGCAAUCACAAGACAGAAAGAUGGGAAGGCAACAUAAUCUCUGCUUUAAAUAUCAAAUCAGAAUUUUAGAAAUCUGCCAAAACCACAGAAAUCAAACUCACUCUCAGGCUACUUUGCCCAUCAGUUUCUAGGUUCAGUCAGCUUCAUAUUUUCUCAUCCAAGUCACUUUCUUGCCCAUUUCCCAUGUUUGCCUGCCUGCAGGUAAGUUGACAGACAGCCCAGCACUUCCAGGCCACUAGCAAAAUGAGUACCUGUGACCACCUAUGGAUUUGAGGUCUCUGGGUAUGGGAUCUGUGAUCAUAAUCCUUAUAAUCUGUUACAUAUUUGUGGUGCAUUGGGGAGACACAAGAAAACCAGUAAAAAUAUGCAGUGUCUUUUGCAAACAUUUAGUGAAGAUGGAAGGUUUUUUAGUAAAAAGAUAACCAAGAGUAUUGAAUCCCCAAGCCCCUGCAGUGUUAUUGUUGCCUGUCCCACCCAGUGCUGUUUAACUGGGAGGGAAAAUUCUACCUGCACUGUGAAGUGUCUACUCAGGAUUUUUCCUGAGCUGGGUAAACAUUGGAAACUGAACAGCCCAAGGUACCCUGGUCAGCCAACUCUAAAUACAUCCCUUUCUCAAAAUGAGAUAUAUCUUUGGAAAUUUGAACACCCUCCUUGCAAAAAAAAAAAAAGUCUAAAAAAAAGAGUGUCAAAAAACAUGAGUCUCAAAAUAAAAAGUCUCAAAAAGUGUUGCAAAUUCAAAAUGGGUACAAGAAAACCAGCACUGUCACCUCAAUCAAAACAUUUCAUUUCAGCAGCAUCAGAGUCAUUCAUGUUAAUUGAAGCUGGGCUUUUUGAGCAGGCAGGUAGACCUCCCAGGGGCUGCUCCUGCUUACAUUUUGCUGUGGUUCUGUGAUUCCAGUUUCAAAAAGAAAGACCUUUCAAACAGCGAAAGAGCUUUUUCUUUCACAAACUGUUGAAGCCUGGCUGUUUUCAAAAUAGAUUUCAAUCACUUGUAGAAAAGUUUGGAUGAGAUCUGGACGUAGGAGAUUGCUGCCAAUUCUUUAUGCCUUUGAAACAGGGUGGUAAAAAUGUGUCCUAGU